ACGCGAAGAAAACGGCAGCCUGGGGAAUAAUACUUAAAUAAAAUCCCGAACCGAACUCGGAAGCUGUGGAACCAACUGUGAUAAAUUGAUAUAUAUAGUAUAUUAAAUAUUCAACUAUAAAGUGUUUUCUCACUGCGCUUUUAAUUAAGCAGCGUGCGCAUUUUAAUUGAGUGUCCAAUAAAUAUUUCAAUUAAAACCAUUUGUGAUAACCAUAACUCGAAUAGUGCGAAACUAUGGCCGAGAAUAGUGCGGAAAAUGUGAAUCGCGAAAAAGCGAAAGAAAGCGAAACAGAUACGGAUGGCAACUCAAACAGCACAGCUGUCGCCUCCUCCGGUUCUCCUGAUGAUGCUCCUGCGGACUUCGACAAGGCCAUUGUUGCCUCUGGCUUCGGGCGUUUCAAUCUCAUUCUGCUGCUCGUCACCGUACCUGCCACUUGUGCCAAUAUGUUUGAGUCGACUACAAUGUCAUACAUUCUGCCCAUAGCUGAGUGUGAUUUGCAUUUAACACUGACGGAUAAAGGAGUGCUAAAUGCUUGUGCAUAUGCUGGCAUGAUCAUUUCGGCCAUACCCUGGGGAUAUUUGGCCGAUACAAAGGGACGUCGCAAAGUGCUCGUCUAUGGCUACCUUCUGACCUGCAUUUGUGUCUUGGGUAGCGCGUUGAGUCAGAAUUUUAUUAUGUUGGUGACAUUCAAGUUCUUCGGUGGACUUAUGGUGAAUGGCCCAGCAGCUGUGCUGUUUACAUAUCUGACUGAGAUGCAUGGUCCCAAGUACAGACCCAAUGUGCUCAUGGUGGUUGGCAUGAUAACUUCCACAUCUACGUUGCUGCUGCCUAUGUUGGCUUGGGGCAUCUUUCCCAGACCCUGGGACUUUCUGCUCUUUGGCAGUCUUGAUAUUCACAGCUGGCAGAUCUUUUUGUUUGUCUGCGCGUUGCCCAGUUUGGUUAGUGGAUUGGUGCUCUAUUUCAUGCCCGAGAGUCCUCGCUUCCUGAUGAGUCAGGGACGCAAUAAGGAGGCCUUGGAGAUGCUGAAAAUGAUCUAUCACGUUAACACGGGCAAGCCAAAGGACACCUAUCCAAUCAAAUCUUUGAUACUUGAGGUGCCCAGUCGUGAUGCACAAAAGGAUGAGGCCAUUUACACCAUUGAGAAUAAGUCAGAGGAUAAAGUGGAGCCUGUCAAGCGUCAGUCUCGCACUCUUAUGGAAAGUCUUCGCGCUGGCAUGCAACAGAUGAAGCCCAUGUUCCAUAAGCCACUCUUGGGACUUGCACUCCAUUGCUAUACGAUGCAGUUCUGCAUCUUUCUGGGCAUGAAUACCAUACGCCUCUGGUUGCCACAGCUGUUCGCCUCGAUGGCCGAGUAUGAGGCUGAGCACGCGAACGAAGAUGACUCAGCAACGAUGUGCACGAUUCUCGAGUACAGUGUGAAUAAAACAGCUGAGACUUUGACGAAUCAUGAUAAUGCUUGCGCCGUGCCAAAAACCAUCUCAAUGGAUAUGUACAUCAACAAUAUAAUUGUGUCGUUUUGUGGACUUGUGGGUUAUUUCUUUGCCGGAGCCAUAAUCCGUUUAAUUGGUGCCAAACGCUUGUUGACUUAUGGUCUGCUCGUGUCUGGCGUACUUGGCAUUGCGCUCUACUGGUCCAUUAACAGUCUAACCACAAUUAUCAUCUCCUCUGCUUUUGUUACUGUCUCUGGCGUCGCAGUUUCCUCUCUUCUCGGCGCUGUCGUCGCCCUCUUUCCCACCCAAUUGCGCUCGCUGGUGGUGGCCAUUGCCAUGAUGUUUGGACGUCUUGGAGCGCUCUCGGGGAAUCUACUCUUCCCCGUGUUCGUACAGAUCGGAUGUGUGCCACCCUUUGUGAUGGUCGCUUCAGUUAUGCUGCUUGCUGCUGUUCUCUCGUAUUUUGUGCCCAAUCCCAAGAAGGCGGCAUUUACGUAACAAAUCUUUUGCUUAUCUUUAGUUAAAUACUAUUGCGAAUUAAGUUGUAAAAAUAUUUGUUGACAAACUUUUAUUGAUAGUCGCUUAGUUUAGUUUAGUUUAGUUUACUCUGGCUGACAAGCCUCUUAAAUAACAUCUCAAAACUUGAAUAAAUGCCAUCUGACAUAAA